AUGCGCUUUGCACUACAAUACCUUCGUCACUAUUCAACCAAACCUUGGAGUCAUUCCAAAGCUAGCGAAUGGAUCAGCAACUUCAAUAAGGCCAAGAUCCCUCAAGAUCAGUUACGCAUCACCUUUAGUCGAAGUAGCGGUCCUGGUGGCCAGAAUGUCAACAAAGUUAGUAGCAAAGUGAAUAUGAGACUUGAGUUGAAGCAGGCUACGUGGCUCCCAAGCUAUGCAAAGGAAAAGCUAAAGCUCACCAAAGCUGGUGAACUUGUCAUCACCUCUGACAAGACGCGUUCUCAAGCCAACAAUGUGGAUGAUUGUUACAACAAGCUAGUAGAGGCAAUCAAAGAAGCUGUUGCCGUGCCACGUGAUCCGGAUGAAGCUACCAUUGCUCGUGUAGAGACACUGUGA